GAAAUAUCGGUUCUUUUACUGUGUCGUGAUCUUGCUGUCCCGCAGUACCUGUCCGGAGGUGGUUGUACUUUUAUCAGCUUCAGUGCCAUCGUGCGUCUAGCGGCGAAAGUGUUCCCGAGAGGGUGAAACAAAUAUGUACCACGGUAUCGUUUGAAACCGAGCCAUUCAAACCAACACAACGCGACAGCAAUACAGUGCAGUGAAUUCAGUGCGACGUUGAGACUACUCCAAAGUAGCAAAGUUCUAGCUUUGUUGCCAGAAUCAGACAAAAAAACGAAGGCAAAACAACGACCCAGAGCGACCCAGGAGGAAGAGAACAGUCAACAAGUGUUUGGCGAGGGAACGGCGUGCAGCGAAAGAGUUCCAUCCCGCGGAGACGCAACAUGCACAAAGCAACGUACAGUGUUACCUUCGUUCGCCAUGGCGAAAGCGAAUGGAAUAAGAUGAACCUUUUCUGCGGCUGGCACGACGUGGGCCUCAGCGAGGAAGGUGAAUGGGACGCCCUGGAAGUGUCGGCAGCCGCACUGAAGCGAGAAAACAUGUGUUACGAUGUCGUGUUCACUUCCUGCCUGCGCCGCGCCAACCAAACGCUCGACAUCAUCCUAAAGGAGCUGAAUCUGAGCGAUAUUCCGGUUCGGCAGCUGUGGCGCCUGAACGAACGACACUACGGUGCGCUGACCGGUUUCAACAAGCGCCAGAUGGCCGACAUCUACGGCGAGGAGCAGGUGCAGGUGUGGCGCCGAAGCUUCGACGUGCCGCCACCGGCCAUCGAACCGACCAACCCAUAUUAUCACGCCAUCAAGAGCAAUCCCCGGUUGCGGCACAUCAACGAGAAAGAUUUCCCAUUGACCGAAACACUCGAAACCACCAUGGAGCGGGUCGUGCCCGAGUGGACCGACUCCAUCAUACCGGAGGUCCGUGCUGGCAAGCGUGUGCUGGUGGUGGCGCAUGGUACCAGCUUGCGUGGGUUGGUAAAGCACAUUCAAGAUAUUUCAGACGCAGAUAUCAUGAAGUUCAACCUGCCGAACAGUAUUCCGUUCAUCAUCGACUUUGACGAGUCGAUGAAGAUGGUUGGUGGCAUCCGGUUCCUGGCGAACGACGAGACGGUACUGAAGGCAAUGGAGAAGGUGGCCUCGAUCGGUGGAAAGUAGGAAAUGUUGUCGCUCCAUUUCCAAAACGCAUAGCCUCUACCAUUGGCUCCGAUUUGUCCGGUGCUACUCUACCUCAUACGUUAGCCUGCUUCCCCAGACAGUGAAGACGGUUGUUUUACUUCUCCCGAAAGGGUUUAAUCAGAAUUAAGGACGAAUUCUGUUUAUUUUUUUUAGUUUUUAUGUGCUUCUAUACGUACGCUAUUGGACUUGUUUGCUUUUGUGUGUUUGUGUUAGGAAAAAGAAGCCCCCGCUAAGAUGUGUUAUAUCGUAAGCAGAUAUGCUAUGACAGUACAACCGCGCGGAAAGGAUUUGAUAAACAUUAAGAGAUACCAAUGCUAGCAACAGUAAUCUUGAACAGUUUUCCAUUAAACGUUGAAUUGAUGCGUCCCGUGCACAUGCAAUUGGGGAAGUAUAUUGUUUCACAUUAUCUUCGUCCGUUAGUUUUAAUCGUACGUGAAAGUGGUGGAGUAUUACUGUAUCGUAUUUACAUCGAUACACCCGUUUACCGUCGUUUAUAAUCAUGUAAUCGUGAAAAAAAGAUUUCGUAACGCGUGUAUUCAUGUGUGCAGAAACGUAAAAUAAAACAU